AAGCUGUGGAGCUUCCUCAUGGUGGGAGUGGAUGACUUGAAAGCGUACUGCAACAAGAUUGGGCGGGGUUCGCCCAGUGUGCUUGCCAUCGCUGGCGCCGUGGAGUUCGUGAAGGCCACCAAUGCGUGGGCGUACUGGCUGUGCCCUGUGUGCGACAAGGUUUUCUUGGAUUCCAAUUCGUUCCGGUCUCACGUCGAGAGCAAGUACAUUGACAUUCGCCGUCUCCAGCAAUUGCUGAGACCAACCAUUACCAAGGGAUCCAGUGAGCUUCUUGAUUCUGAUACGUGGAAGCCAAUUGAUUUAAAAGAAAGUGAAGAUGAAAUUACCAUGAGGCUGAAUUAUAUGAAGGAUGCAUUUUCGUAUCUCGCUGUUGGCUCUGUGGACAAGGAAUUCAAGUCUACGAAAGACAGAGCCAAGCGCAGGCGCAAGAAGUGGGUCACCUAUUUGGAUUAUCAUGUCUAUGACUACGAGAGAGACUACCCAUCAGAGGAGGAUCUGUUCUUACCUCUCUGUAGAGAAAUGCCUGAGUUGUGGGAAUAUCUGGAGAGUUGUGUUGAUACAAAAGAGGGCGAGGAUAGUUCUCAUUCAAUUUCUCUUGUUCAAGACGGUAGUGCUUUAUACCUCAAGAGGGAGAAGUUCACUGGGAUAAACAUGGAUGGUUCUCCUAAUGUGAAUCCGCUGUUUAGCUGGUUACGCCCUGGAAGUUCGCUAGAAGAGUCAGUGGCGUCAUGGACCAGCAUUAGGAAGAAGUGUGUUCAUGAUGGAAAUGAAGUGCUCAAAAGGAUAGCUGAGAUAUCGGAUUUAUUGCAGGAGCAACUUGGCCUGGAACACCAUUCGCAGGAAAAAACGGAUAGUGAUUUCUCCAUUACAAAGGUUGAUUCAAUUGAGGUUGAGAUCUCGCAUAUGUCUUUUGAAGUUAGCUAUUUAAAGAAAAAACUAGUGAAAGUCUGUACAUUUGAUUAUGGAAUAGUUAUUUUGCCUCUUAUAAGAGACUAUCUACGGGCUAAGCUGACUAAUGACUCUCCUGGAAAAGAGUUGCAUGAUAGAGACGAUAAUGGUGCUGCUGAAAAUUCUGACGACAGACAUAUUCUCAUACAUGAGCAAUAUGUUGUCCAAGAGAUUCCUGGCACUGAUUCAGAGCUGGACCAUCAGAAUAGCAGGACAGAGGAAUAUGAAAAUUCCUCAUUUUCAGAUAGCUCAGAUCUUUCUUCCAUUGAAACUGAAAGCACUUCAAUCAACAGUGGAGUUGGUUCUGUACAUCAAAUUACUGUUGAUGAACCGCAGUUCUUGAAUGUGACUCUCCGGGCAUUGUGGCAUUUGAGGCGAUUCCAUGUCUUCCGGAUGAUACCGCAUACACUUCAUCAUUUAAUAGUCGGAGAGUGCUGCAUUGUCUGUCUGCUAUGUGAAAUAUUUGAUGCUUGGGAUCACAAUGAAGAGCACAAAUUAUCUAUCCUACUGGAUAAUGUGGGAACUGCUUUUAGUGAUAUUUUAAAUGAUAGAAAUUUUGACUACAAGGAAUAUAAGAACAUUGCGUAUGAAAUUAUAUCAAUAAUAGUUGAUAUACUGCACAAGUCACAAAAGCAUUAUCGUUGGAAAACUGUCGAGCCCGAUGGAAUCACUUUCGAACCCUAUGAGAUAAACCCAUCAAGAUGUUUUGGUUGUUGCGUAGCACAUGAAGUCCUUGGUCUGUGUUUCAAUGAAAAAAGGAAAUGUAAUUGUGUCAGCAAGUCUGGUGAUGAAAAUCGUUACAGUGCCAUUUUUCACACCAUUGAUGUGGGCGCAAUUCAAAAAACUGAGAUGAAAUCUUUUAGCAAUAUCAUGGAAGCUGCAGAACUUGAUGUAGAGCGCUGCCGAUGUGGAAACAAGACUGAGGGCUGUCUUUCAUAUCCACCUCAUAUUUUCACUACUGUUUUUAGGUGGCCAACUGAGAAGGAAAACUAUGUGGACAUGUCUGAAGUAUUGAUAAACAUCGCAGCUCCAUUAGAUAUUCCAAAAAUUAUUUAUGGAGUGGAUAUGAAACACAUGUACACUUUGGUUACAGCGGUAUGUUGUGUCGAGGAGGAACAUCUCUGCUUUGCUCGUGGAGAGGGAAACUGGCUCAUAUACGAGAGUCAGAAAGUCGAGUUUGCCGAUUGCUGGGAAAGUUUGCUACGAGGUUAUCGCGGAAAGAAUCUACGGCCCCAAAUCCUUUUCUUCGAGGAAGUUAAGCGCAAAUGACUCAACCCAAUAGGAUUCAAAUCGUGGCGUCCAUAAUUAAGAACAUGUGCAUCCAUAGUGAGGAGAUUCUAAAGUUACUUCCAAAUAACCCAAUAGGAUUCAAAUCGUGGCGUCCAUAAUUGAAUGAACAUGUGUAUCCAUAGUGAGGAGUUUCUAAAGUUACAUCCAAAUUCUACGUGCUUCUGAAGUUGGAGACUUUUUUUUUGCUCUCUACAACCAAGUCACUACCAUGUCCAAAUUAUCUGUACAUACCUUUUGCUGGUUCUGCCUGGUCCUCUACUCCACUGCAGACGUUUAGCCUCUCAAUUUUGUACGUGAAACGCGGAUGAUACAUAGUUUAGGAGUUAGGGAACAAAUUACUUUUGCAUAUAUGAAAACUCUUAGCUGAUCUAUUUAAAAAUGUUCAGCUGAUCUAUUUAAAAAUAUUCUCAUGGGGCACGGCAUGAAACAUUGGGUAAGAAUAAGAUGGGAAGUCUGGAAUUUCUGGAAAUUAAUGUCAUUUAAUACCGUCGUAGUGACUAUAGUUUCAUUUACCAUUGUGACAUUUUUUUUGUGCAAUUUAAUAUUUUCAU